AUGGCGGAAUUUAGGAGAGAUUCAUUUUACUGGAAUGUUAGCGGAUUUGACGGUAGUGUAACAAUGGGAAUUGAGAGAAGGAAGAAGAGUAGUAAUGGAUCUGUGUGGUCUAUUUUCAUGCAUGCGGAUACCCAAGACUGGCUUCUAAUGGGUUUUGGUGUGUUAGGGUCCAUUGGUGAAGGUUCCACCACUCCUCUUGUGCUCUAUCUCAGUAGCCUCAUUAUGAACAAUAUUGGGACUUCUUCUACCAUCUCAUCAACCACUUUUGUCCAUUGCAUCAACAAGAAUGCAGUGGCUUGGUUAUAUUUGGCUGCUGGAACAUUCCUUGUAUGCUUCCUCGAGGGUUAUUGUUGGACAAGAACAAGUGAGAGACAAGCAGCAAGAAUGAGAGCAAAGUACCUGAAAGCAGUGAUGAGACAAGAAGUUGCAUAUUUUGAUUUGAAUGUGACAAGUACCUCAGACAUUAUCACUGGCGUUUCCAAUGAUAGCCUCCUCAUUCAGGAUGUUAUUAGUGAGAAGGUACCAAAUUUGUUGAUGAACUUUUCAUUGUUCAUUGGGAGCUACAUAGCUGGUUUUGCAAUGCUAUGGAGAUUGGCCAUAGUAGGGAUCCCAUUCACAGUUCUUCUUGUAAUCCCUGGCUUCAUUUAUGGCAAGACAUUAAUGGGAUUAGCAAAGAAAAUGAGAGAAGAGUAUAAUAAAGCAGGUGCAAUAGCUGAACAAGCAAUAUGUUCAAUAAGAACAGUGUAUUCAUAUGUGGGAGAAAAUAAGACCACAAAUGCAUUCUCUAAUGCUCUUCAAGGGUCACUGAGUUUGGGAAUCAAACAAGGGUUGGCUAAAGGUUUAGCCAUUGGAAGCAAUAAUGGUAUUGUUUUUGGUAUAUGGUCUUUUUUGUGUUAUUAUGGUAGCAGAUUGGUCAUGGACCAUGGUGCUAAAGGAGGCACAGUUUUUUCAGCUGGAGCAGCUAUCACUGUUGGUGGAUUGGCACUAGGUGCUGGUUUAACCAACAUGAAAUACCUGAGCGAAGCAAGUUCAGCAGCGGAACGCAUAAGGGAAGUCAAUGAGAGAGUUCCGAUGAUCGAUUCCGACGACAGUGACGGCGAAAUCCUGGGAAGCGUUCGAGGGGAAGUAGAAUUCCGAAACGUAGAGUUCGCGUACCCGUCGAGACCAGAGACCGUUAUUUUGAAGGGUUUGUGGCUCAAGAUUCCGGCAGGGAAGACGGUGGCAUUGGUGGGAGAGAGCGGUUCUGGAAAAUCCACCAUCAUUGCGCUUUUGCAGCGGUUUUACGACCCUCUUGGUGGCGAAAUAAGGUUUGAUGGUGUUGCCAUUGAUAAGUUGCAGCUCAAGUGGUUCAGAUCACAGAUGGGGUUAGUGAGUCAAGAGCCCGCAUUAUUUGCCACCAGCAUCAAAGAGAACAUCCUGUUUGGGAAGGAAGAUGCAACAGAGGCUGAGGUCAUUGAGGCUGCAAAAGCUUCCAAUGCUCAUCAUUUUAUUUCCAUGCUGCCUCAGGGUUAUCAAACCCAGGUGGGUGAGAGAGGAACUCAAAUGUCAGGUGGACAAAAGCAGAGGAUUGCAAUUGCUAGGGCCAUAAUUAAGAAGCCAAGAAUGCUUCUUCUGGACGAAGCAACCAGUGCACUAGACUCCCACUCAGAGCGAAUUGUCCAAAAAGCCCUCGAACAAGUGUCUGUUGGCUGCACCACCAUCGUCGUCGCCCACCGCCUGUCCACGAUUCGCAAUGCCGACGUCAUCGUUGCCAUGCGAGCCGGAAAGGUGGUGGAAUUGGGCACUCACGACGACCUCCUCUUGAAUCAUGAUGGACUCUACUCCUCCAUGGUUCGUCUCCAACAAACUGAGAAAUCAGAAAUAGAUGAAUCUGUAACUGCCCCAACAACUACUAUUCAUGUUCCUUCUUCUAUGUCGGCUAGUGACACCGCUGAUAUUCACCACCUAUUCUACUUUAAUUCUUAUGAUGAUGACAACAUUGAAAAGGUGGAAGAAGAGAAAGAGGAGAAUAAGAACGCUCAGGCGACGGCAUCGUUCUGGAGGCUGCUGGCACUGAACCUUCCGGAGUGGAAGCAAGCAGUUACGGGUUGCUUGAAUGCGAUGGUGUUCGGUGCAGUUCAACCGGUGUACACUUUGAUUAUGGGGUCGAUGAUGUUUGUGUAUUUCGACAGCGAUGAUGAAGAGAUAAAGAGGAAGACGAAGGAGUACUCGGUUUGCUUUGUGGGACUGUUUGUAUUGUCUUUGAUUGUGAACAUCGGGCAGCAUUAUAGCUUUGCAUAUAUGGGAGAGUGCUUGACCAAAAGAAUUAGAGAGACUAUGUUUAAAAAGAUACUCACCUUUGAAGUUUCCUGGUUUGAUCUUUCUGAAAAUUCUACCGGUGCUAUUUGCUCUAGGCUUGCCAACGAUGCAAAUGUGGUGAGGUCUUUAGUGGGAGAUAGGAUUGGUUUAGUGGUGCAGACAGCGUCAGCGGUAGUAACAGCUUGGACUUUGGGUUUGGUCAUUGCAUGGAGACUGGCUAUUGUUAUGAUAUGUGUUCAACCCCUUAUGAUUGCAUGCUUCUAUACGAAACGUGUCCUUAUCAAGACUAUGUCAAAAAAGGUUGCAAAGGCGCAAGAAGAAAGUAGCAAGGUUGCCGCUGAAGCCGUUUCAAACCUAAGAACUAUCACAGCCUUCUCUUCUCAAAACCGAAUCCUCAAAAUGCUCGAAAAUGCACAAGAAGGACCAAGACGCGAGAAUAUCCGGCAAUCAUUUUACGCCGGAAUCGGCCUUGCAUGUUCCCAAGGCAUAACAUCAUGUGUUUGGGCUCUAAACUAUUGGUACGGUGGCAAGCUCGUCGCCGACGGUUACAUCACCACAAAGGCAUUGUUUCAAAGCUUCAUGAUUAUUGUGAGUACAGCAAGAGUCAUUGCCGACGCCGGAAGCAUGACCUCGGACCUCGCAAAAGGCGCUGACGCCGUGUGCUCCAUUUUCGCCGUCUUAGACCGGACCACGAAGAUAGCGGCCGACGACGAAAAUGGUCACAACCCGGAACAUGUAACAGGACAAAUACAACUCCAUGAUGUGCAUUUUGCUUACCCCACUAGGCCAAACGUGACUAUCUUCAAAUCCUUUUCAAUGAAAAUAGAAGCUGGAAAGUCAACGGCAUUGAUAGGUCAAAGUGGAUCCGGAAAGUCAACGAUUAUAGGGCUAAUUGCAAGGUUCUAUGAUCCGCUAAGAGGGUACGUGACAAUUGAUAAUAGAGAUGUAAAGUCCUAUAAUUUGAAACAAUUAAGGAGGCACAUUGCACUUGUGAGCCAAGAACCUACGUUGUUCAAUGGGAGCAUAAGAGAGAACAUUGCUUAUGGAUCUAAUAACGGUGAUGAUGAUAAUGAAGUUGAUGAGUCAGAGAUCAUAGAGGCGUCAAAAUUAACCAUGGCACAUGAUUUUAUUACCGGAUUGAAGGACGGUUAUGACACGUGGUGUGGCGAGAAGGGGUUACAGCUUUCAGGGGGUCAAAAGCAAAGGAUAGCGAUUGCAAGGGCUAUAUUGAAAAAUCCAAGAGUGUUGUUAUUGGAUGAGGCAACUAGUGCCCUUGAUAUUCAAUCGGAGAAAGUUGUUCAGGAAGCACUAGAGAGGGCUAUGGUGGAGAGGACUAGCGUGAUCGUCGCACAUAGGAUGUGUACCAUAAAGAAAUGUGAUCUUAUUGCUGUGUUGGAGAAGGGCAUGGUUGUGGAAAGUGGGACCCACUCUUCUUUGUUGGCAAAAGGAACUGCUGUAGCUUAUUGCAACUUUGUUAGGCUUCAGACUGGAACUAAUUAG